CAUUGUUACGUAUCGUUAUGUUAUCGUCGUGCAAUAAAAAUUAUUUUCUUAAAUUUUCAAUAAUAUUUCUUUAUAUUAAAUAUUAUACAAUAAAAUUAUAGAUAGAUUAAAAGUUAAUUAAGUAUGGAAUGCAUUACAUUUCAACCUAGUAUGAAAAUUAACAAAUUCCUAAUUAUAUAUAUUUGCAUGAUUUGCAAAUGUAUAUUAUACCUCCAUCUGGAUAUAUUAAAUUAGAAGAAUUAUAUCAAUGGUGUAUUGAUAGAUUAAAGGUUUUAGAAUUAGUAAACAAAAUAUCAAAACAAUAUUAUGAAGUGAGGCAAUGUCGUAUUGCUUUAAUUAAAGAAUUGGAAAAAAAUGAUUUAAUUAAGUUUGCAAAACUUAUAAAUAUGUCUAAUUAUGAAAUUUCACAAAGUAAAAAACAGCUUCUAAGAAAAAAUGAUUCUAUAUCACAUUUUAUUUUGAGAUCAGCAUUUUCUUUAGAACAUAAGAAAAGGCAAUGGUUUUUUAAACAAGAAGUAAAAUUAUUUAAAUGGAGACUUUCUUUUUUGAAUAAAAAAGAUAUAAAACUCUUUAAUUAUAUUAAUGGAAUUCAAUUUCCUUCUGUUUCUGAACAGGAAAAACAAAAAAUUAAAAAAGACUUAGAAAUGUUUUGUUUUGUCAAUGAAAAUAUUAAUAUUAUAAAUUUUUAUAAAGUAUAUUUUACUAAUGUAACAAAUCUGGUUGCAAAACGACAAGUAUUUUUGAAAAAUGGAAUUGCUUACGUACCAGAAACAAAAGUUUAUUGGAUAAUUUUUUCUGAAUUUAAAAAAAGAUUAAAUGAAGGUUUUGCUUAUUCAAGGACAACAGUAUCAAAUAUUUAUGGUGAUGAAAGAAUAACAAAAAUAUUUAAUAUACUUCAAAAUUAUAUUAAUAAACCAUAUCUUGAACAUAACAGAUAUAAAUAUAUAUCUAUUGAUGAGUUAGAUGAGGAAUAGGUCUUAAAUUACAUGAUGCAAUACAAUUUUGGAAAGAUGAAUUUACAAAAAAAAUUGAUGAAAGAACUUUUGAAAAACAAUAUAAAUAUGGCAUACGAUUUUUAUAUGGACAGGAAGGAAAACGUGCAGAUUAUGAACCGUUUCAUUGUUUUAAGAUAUUUAAUUCUAAUGUUGGUUUACGAGAUAAUCAUGGUUGUCCAUUUAAAUGUAUGACAUUUGAUCUACUGAAACAAACACUUUCAAAUUAUGGAUUAAUUCAUUUAGAUAUAGAAUCAAUAAUUCAACAU